UAAAAGGAGACUUCCGCUUGAAAAGGCGCUAACAUUUAAAAGUUGCUCCUGCUCAAAGAGAAAAAGGUAAACAAACGGCCCUUUCGGUGAAGUAAAUGUUAUAAUUAUUCUACAUUUUGCAACAUUUCAGACUUGUUAUCAGAAAAUGAACCCCACGGUUCCGUUCUUUGCUAAGCUGAAGAAGCUGGUGGUGACUUUAGAGUCAGAAACUGUUCAACUCCAGCACGACUUUGAACACCGAAACAACGACGACGACGACGAUGACAGCGAAACUACAGCCAGAGCAAUGAGAACAUAUCACCAAAUGAACUGUGAAGUCGGAAACCUAAAGGGGCAGAUCCAGGGUCAGAUUGCUCAGCUGAAAGCACGGGAGAAUGAUGUGGACAGCUUUAUUAAGGCCAGCAGAGUGAUGCAGCAAAAAGUGACUAAGGACAUCCAGGCACUUAAGGGACACUGGGAGAAAUACGGUUACCAAGCUCCACGUGACACCCAGAGAGCGAGCAAGGCUAACGGACAGCAGUCAGAGGCUGCAGGUGAAGAAUCAGAGGACAAUGAAGCAGGAGAAGAAGAAGGGGAAUGCCAGGAGGAGGCUGAAGGCAGUCCCUCCUCAUCGCCUCAGACGGCCAAACCGCCGGCCUUCACUGACGUUAUGCGAACACCACAGUUGUCUGACUUCGGCCUCUCUGAGAUGCAGCUGAAGAAAACGUUCGCUGGUUUCUCUGAAGUGCCCCCCAUGCCUGAGAUGAGCCUGCCUCACCCCUCAUUCUACAAGCCUGCACCGCCACCACCAAUGGCCUUUACCCCCAAAUGUGCCCUGCGGAUGGAUGAUGAAGAUCUGCGGACGCCUCAGCUGUCUGACUUUGGCAUUACAGAGCACACCAUGUGUCUGAACAACGACUUCACUAUGGAUCUGUUCAAGAAGAAAGUUGAAAAGCCCCAAAGACCAUCACAAGACCGGCCUGAACCCCCAGUUAACGCUUUAAUGGAGAGUUUGAACACACAAGCACACAACCUGGAGUCCCCAGAGCCUCCUGUGUUUUGCACUCCAGGGCUCAAGAUCAGAAAGACAAACGUUCACUGCUCCUCGAACGAUCCCCCAGAAUCCCCCUGUCGCCUUGGAAACCUACCUACUACCCCAGAGGUCCCAGCCUUUCUGACUCCAUAUAUGAACUGCCUGGUCAGCUCUAAAAAGAGUGCACGGCGGCCUGGGAACUCUGAGGAGGAUUCCCACUUUCAUACCGGAGCAAUCGGAUCCAAACGCCCCUGGGAAUACGACGUGCCGAAGAUAAGCAUCAUGGGUGCGGAGGACAUGGAGAUGCCGGAGAUGCCAGAGAUGCCAAACCUGGAGUCUAUUUUGGGAAAUUCCCUACAGAAAAGAAGUGAAAAAAUGCUGAGGAAGACUUUCAACAUAAAAAAGGAGAACAAGGAGCCCACUGUCAACAGUCUGGAUCUGGACGGCCCCACCCAGAACUUCAGCUUUGGGACCCCCAGCAUCAGGAUGGACUACGAAGAGCCCACCACCCCCGAGAUGCCCGACCUGAGCUCUGUGACUCAGGACAUCUGUAAACUUGUGUCCCAGGCUCAGAUGAAGAACCCUACGAUCGCUGUUGUGCACCCAAAUAUCAGGGGGAAAAAUGAUAAAAACAGACUGUCUGCGGUGUCAGAGAGCGAGUUCCAGAGUUUACCAAAGUACAUAAGGCAGGUGACUCUGCACAACCUCAACCAGGUGGUGGAGCACAUCAACACGUUCACAGCAGAGAGUGAAGGAGAACACACAGAGUUUCAGAUGGAAGAGCUGUGCAGGAUUUGCGCGGUGGGAACAAAUACCCCCGUAUUCAUCCUCUGUCUGAUGGAGCUCAAGAGACUGGAGCACAUCGGAGGAGCCAGGAACACCUCUGUGUACAAACUGUGCACACAAAACUAAAGGGCGCUUGGACACAUCAAACUCUGUCCGAUUAGGAGCAAAAAUGUGGAGACGUCCUAGUUACAUCUAUCUUUUAAGCUGAAGAGAUGCUGGUUUCUAGUGUUUUCAUCAAAAUCCUGUACAUUGCAACACUGAUAAAUAUCAAUAAACUAUAUAUUAAAGUAUACACCCUCUCAUGAA